AUUUUCCCUAAAAUCAGAAGUCUUACAUCUAGCUCUCACUCCCAGUCUGCCUCCGCCGCAGCCGUGCCGUGGCCGCGCCACCGCUGCGUACCAAGGCGAAUGAUUUUUCUUUAAAAUAAAAAAAUUAUUUUCUUUUAUAUUGAGUUUUUGCUUUCUGAUCCUGUAAGGAGUCUGGGCUUUCUGUAAUUUUUUGCAUUUCUUUCAAGCUACAUAGCAUUCUCGUUUAUUCUUUGGUUUUGUCGCAACUGAUUUGUAAUCUAAGAUCAGAAAUUAGUAGUCACGUUUUUUUUUUAUUCUUUUUUUAAGAAAUCAACAUUUUUUGAGGGCUUUUCCCCUUUAAAUAUUAUGAACCAGCGAAGAAUAAACACUUAGGGCCUGCUUGCCAGAUUUUCUCCACUGAUUUUGAUUGCAUCUUGGUGAAACUGUUUACGAGAUGUUGAGAAAACCAUUGAUUGUUAGUUUAUUGGGGCUCUGGAUCAGUGUAGUGUGAUUUGGGUUGUGAUUCUCGACUCAACAAAUUGGUGAUUUUUGGGCUUUUCAAAUUUUCUUCCAAUUUUACAGUCAAAAAACAACUAUUUCCAAAUCUACCCUAAAAAGGAAUUACGCUUGGACAAGAAGAAAAGAAAUCCUCUUCAAAUAACUCUCUCUCAAACGCUUCAGAACGCAUCCACUCUUCAGAUCUUCCAUCAGUUCUUUUAAAAAUGGAAGGAAGCUUAUCAAAUGUUGCUCCUGAAACCAAAUCUGUCACCCGUCCCACAUCUUCUCCGAAGGCAUCUAAAAGGCUUUCGGAUUCAAUAACAAAUUUUACCGUUCAGUGUGCCAAUUGCUUAAAAUGGAGGUUCAUCCCCACAAAGGAGAAGUAUGAGCAGAUACGAGAAACAAUAGUGGAACAACCUUUUGUUUGUAAAAUGGCUCAUGAAUGGCGUCCUGAGAUAACAUGUGAUGUUGAACCAGAUCUCGUGAAAGAUGAUGGCAGUUGGCGUUGGGCAAUAGACAAGCCCAGUAUUCCUAAACCUCCUCCAGGCUGGCAACGAAUUUUACGACUCAGAGCUGAAGGAGGCACAAAAUUUUCCGACGUGUAUUAUGUUCCUCCAUCAUCAGGCAAGUGGUUGCGAACAACGAGGGAAGUUGAGAGGUACCUAAGUGAGCAUCCCGAAUACAUAGGCGUAACAAUGUCACAGUUCUCCUUUCGGACUCCUGUACCAUCGGAGAAAAAUUAUGUUCGAAAACGUCUUGCCCGUUCUUCUGCUUCACCCGACACGGGCGAAGCUGCAAUGCCAGUUGCUGCCAUUCCGAUAUCUUGGAUUGCUCCAGACCAGAUUGAAGAUUUGCAAUUUGGUGAGGAAGGGAGCUCUCAUGUUGAGGCACCUGCUGAAAGCUGAGGACGGCAUAUCUGUAAUUCCUACAGCAGGCAGCGGACAUUGGUUAAAUACACCACAACAGUUCGUAGCAUAGAUUGUAAUGUAUAAUAUGUAUGUCGAUUGUGUGAAGACUGUAAAACUGUGGUACAUUUAUCAUUUAUGUUUUCUUGUGAUUAGUGUUGUAUCUUUUAUAAUAAAUUGAUGUCUUUAUAGUCUUCAUUUUUCCCUA